AUGUGGUACACAUACAUCCUGCUAUUGCUACAAACUUGCUGUUUGUGCUACGAAUACAAACUUUUAUCUCAAAAGUUUACAUCGCGCGGGAUUAUCUCAGAUUUUGGAGAUUAUGACGAUGACGGAGGGAUCGAUUUCAUCACUGUACACGUUUUUGCCAAUGGGGAGGGAUACAAGAGUACAGUAUACGUUCAUACCGAUGUUAACAAAAACGCUGUCGUACACCAAAAUAUAACAGUUACUGGAAAAUGUGUUGGCUCCGUAGCUACAGAUCUCAAUGCAGACAAUGUGUUGGAUAUUUUGUUGACUAUGGAAAAGGAGGAAGGUAUCUACUAUCUUCUAGGGUUAUAUCAAGAUCAAGAAAGUGGGCAAUUAUCGGUACAAUGGGACUCUAGAGAAGAAAUAGACUUUCCAACUGGUGUAGAUGGAACAAAGUCUGCACAAAAUUCGCCGGUAAAUCCCAUCACAAAGAUGCAUACUAGUACAUCAAAGCCUCCAAUUACAAAUUCGAAUGUCUACGGCUAUACCACGAUACAUCCACUACUGGCUGAUAUAAAUGGUGAUGGAAUGGUAGACAUUUUGGUACAGAGUGAUUCCGAAAAUCAGGACCAAAUAUUUGUAUGGCUUAGGACAAAGAGCAGAUAUAUUCCAUAUACAUUAGAAAACAUUCCAUAUGUUAACUUUGAUCAGAUAGAUGGGAAAAUUGUGAAUCCACAUAGCAGUGCAUUUGUAGAUAUGAAUGGGGAUUGCAGAGCUGACUUGGUGCUUCAUGUAAUGAGAAAUAAUUCCGUUUUUUUGGACAUUUACUUGACAAGUUAUGCAGAUGGAACCCUGGUGUAUAAAAAGUAUAAGGAUAGUAUUUCUGUUCCAAAGAAUUAUGGACAAAUUUCAUUCCAUGAUUUAAACGGAGAUGGAACUCUAGAUGUUUUAAUUCCUCACUGCAAAAAGGCGCAGAAUCUUCCAAUUUCUCCGUCCGAGGACAUCUUAUUAUAUACUGAAUGUGAGAUUAAUGUAAUAUACAAUGGUCAAAUCCCAUUUUGUUCCAAGUUAUGGCAAAAUGGGCAACCUAACAAGUGCAGACAUGCUUCAAAUUUGUGCAUACAUUCGGACAUGGUUUUCACAAAUGACUAUUCUCUUUCCAUUGCGAAAACCAUGGGUUCUGUAGGAAUGUUUAGAGUUUCUGUUGGAGAUUUUAAUAACAAUGGAUAUCCAGAUUUGAUCGUUAACCUUUAUGACCCAGGAAAGAGUUUUUCAUCACUGUACGAAGCAACUAGUGAAUCGGAUGUUGUGCUUGUUUACAAGAACUUGUUUCUAGAGGGUGAUACACCAAAAUUUUCACAACCAAUUAAAAUAUUCGUCCCAAGGGAUCAAGGGGAACGAAUCGAUAGAGCCGUGACGCUAGACCUUUUUGAGAAUGGUAUUAUAAAUUUGCUUGUGUUUUUAAAUGAUGCGAAUGGAAUGAUAACUUGUCGUUUUUAUUCGCUGGUUAAUGAACAGAUUGGAUUGUUUAUGAAGGUCAUGACUAGGAAUUUCGUACUGGAUGAAUCUAAGCUAUUGGAAAAUACAUUUUCAUCCGGAUUUAAUGCACAUGGUCCGACAUACAAAAUAACUGUUAUCGAUUUUGAUGGAAAUAAAUCACCAAAGAUCACUACACUGCGUUCACAGUCGGCGCAUUCACCUCUAUUACCUCCAUUCAAUAUUUUUGGAUUGGGAGAAACAAAUAAUUAUGUUGAAGAAUUCUAUCUGGGCAUGCCAACUUCUAGUAAAGCCUAUAGUAACAUGUGGAUCUCAAUCAUCCCAAACUGCAGUGUAAUGACGAUACCAUUUCCACUGCCCAAGCCGAACGAUUGGAUACUCAAAUUGAGCUUGAGUCCAUCCAAAAAAAUUUAUACCAUAUUAAUCGCAACUCUAACAUGCCUGGUAGUGUUUGGACUCAUGAUUCUCAUUUUUGACCUAAAGGAAAAGCGAGAGGAUUCUGAACAAGCAAAGGGUUUUAGACAAAAGUUUAUCAUUAAUUGA